UGCUGUGUACACGUGUACACACAACACAAACAAAUUUUAGUCAGUAAAAAUGUCGGAAGGAAAUGCCUUGAUUGCGUUGAUAGAUUGUGUGAAUUUUUCUGCAAUGAAACAUUCAACUCAGAGACGACUAGAUCCAGAAAAAACACCGUAUAUUAACCAUCCAAUUGGUGUGGCAAGAAUUUUGGCUAAAGAGGGAGGCAUUUCAGAUCUUGCUACUUUACAGGCUGCCAUUCUUCAUGACACUGUCGAAGACACAGACACCACAAUUGAAGAAAUCGAAGAGCACUUUGGGAAAGAAGUGCGUGACAUAGUUGCCGAUGUCACAGACGAUAAGACCCUUCAUUGGAAAGAGAGGAAAAGACUUCAAAUUGUUCAUUCUCCAUUUAUCUGCCCGAAAGCCAAACUGGUGAAACUCGCCGACAAGUUAUAUAACCUCCGUGACUUGGAGAAGAGCACCCCUGAAGGAUGGACCGAGGAAAGGGUCCAGAUAUACUUUGAAUGGUCAGCAAAGGUUAUUAAUGGAAUCAGGGGAAACAACGAGGUCUUGGAGAAAGAACUGGAUAAACUAUUCACUAAACGAGAUAUUGUUAUAGAGAAAGAAUAGUUUUUUUUUUUUAUGUGAGCUCCUAAAAAACAUCAACUGUGUUAUCGCAAAACAAAUUGUAAUUGUGUGUAGUUGGGAUUUAUCAAAAUUAAGAAAUAAUUUUGUUUAAUGUGAGCUCUUAAAAAAAACCUGUGUGAUCGCAAUAGUUUUUUUUAUUGUAUUUAAAGUGGGCUGUGUCCAUAUUUAUAUUUUUUCUUCAAUAAAGUAUAGAUACUGGUGUGUGAAAUUAAUAUUACCAUUUUGUUCCAAUGUCUGUGAUAAUGACAUAUUCUACAUGUCUUUCAAACCAUUUCCUGGAAAAGUUUCAUUACAAUAGUAUUCCGCCUUUACAACCUUUUUAAUAUUUAUUAUAGCUUAAAGGCAGUGUACACUAUUGGUCAUUGGCAAAGACAAGUCUUCUCAC